AUGCCAGAAGUGCCGGAUCAGGGCUCAAUGAGCCUGUAUGUCUAUUAUUACUGGAAAACACCUCUGCUGCCAGAUCAAAAUAGCGCUUUAGCCUACAACAAGUUGAUCAAUGUGGACAUUUUAGUCAAAGUUAAGCCUACGACAGAGUAUAAUCAAGCUACAACAAUCAUUUCUUCGGUAAAGGACAGUAGCUUUUCAAUGAAUAUUGCUUGGUCGACCAUAUCUACGACAUUUGACGAAAGAAUCGUGAAGCAAUUCAGAUCUAAUUAA